GGCUGCCUGGACAUUGGCGUGACUGGGGAUAGCUGGGUGCUUUGGUGAUAAGAUUGCGCGCUAUAGGGACCCACAUGCCAAAGAGCCAGGCCCAUGCGACCCUUGAUCAACACCGGAUUGUAAGAGGCUGAGCCUCCAUCCAUCCCGCCCCGUCGUCGCUGCAUUCACGAAGCUAUCCUUGCUCUCCGUCGCCAGACCAAUUGCUGCGAGCGACAAAAGUCCGAAACGACAAGAACUUGGGCCCACGGAUCAGGCUUACGGGAUCUUAGAGCACCUAAGACCCCCGGUUUCCCGUCUGACCAAAUGGAAUCGUCGCCGUUAGUCAAGGCACAUGAUCAUGCCAGAGCAGCCGCUCUCGCGCAUACCGACUCGACCGUCGCCAUCAGCGAACAUGCGCUCGCCGCCGGCGAGUUCUCCAAUGCGGCCAAGUCGACCACAAGCAGGGAGGCCCUGCGCACCCUAAAACUCCUCGAGGACCACCACAGAAGACUGUCGGAUCUGCUGAAGCUGCCCCUCGACCGCCGCGCGUCAGGUUCCCCUCCCGAAAGUGCCUCACCGGAGCACGGCGAUGCCGCCGAAAAGUCGCCCUCCGCGUCCGCUGCGGCACCGGAUGGCACGGGUGAGAAGGCUGGCGCCGAGGGCCUGGCUUCUCCGCAGUCGUCCAGGGCCCCGACCGGCAUCUCGUCUCAGCACCGCCGAUACCCGCCGUCCCGUGAACUCUCGUCGUCCAUCGCCAGCAAUCUCGCCUCCGCGCGUGGUAUUCGUUCGAAAUAUCGGGGCCAACCGCUUGCGCCCAGCAUAUCCAGCGAGUCGGCGCCCGGCAGCGUUGACGGGGCCGGGAACAAAGACGGAACGCGUUCCAAGAUGCAGAACAUGCUCGACCAGAAGGGGAAGCCGAGCUGGGUCCCCCCGGCGUCGGCCAGCAGCUCACGGGCGGAGAAGCGGGAGUUCGAACAGAAGCCACAGGCUAGUCCUGCAAGCGCGUCGAGUCCCGGAGACGAGGGCUACUCAAGAUUCUACAACACGUUUGGGAGUCUCAUCAACAGACUGUCCGCCCCGCUCGCCUUCGCAGGUCUUCCUCUGAUCGCCGAGGAGUCGGCCCCCGAGACCAACUCCCCCGCCGAGCCGACGCCGGCGCCGAGGAAGCAGCAUAGGACUUCAAAAUCCCCACCAUCCGCGCCAGCCGACCCCGACCUGUCUAGGAUAUACUCCAAAGCAACACUGCGGGCACUUGGCCGCGACGGCCACGGCCCCAAUGACUCUUUCUACUUUGUUCCAGCCACAGGGGGCACAGUUUCGUACGCCAACAUUCUCAGCUUCGACCAGAAGGAAAGGCGUCGCAUUGCAGCAUCUGUCCAUGGCGGGGACGACAGUGACAUGAUCGAUGAUGUCGACGACGACGACUUUGCAGACGCCAGGGAGCUGCAUGCCUCCAUGUCUCCCGGCGUCAAGAAGCGCGUGGGCAGAAAUCAGUCGUCCAAGGACCUGCAGAACGCCGUGGAGGAGCUGUAUCUGGAGAAUAAGGGGUUGAAGGAGAUGUUGGACAAGCUCAGCAAGCGGCUCCACGCGUUCGAGGCCAACGCACAGAACUCCCAUCUGGUCCUACAGUCGAGCAUGCGACUGAUGCGCCCAGGCUCGCCGCUCUCGUCUAGCGGCAGUGGCGGGAAGAAGGAAGCAGCCGACGACGCCUUCGUGCGGAAGAGGAACAAGGAGCUAGAGGACGAGCUUGCGAUGGUGAUGAAAAGCCUGGAUACGCUGGAACAGGACAAUAACAGGCUCAAGAAAAUCAACGGGCAAUACAGGGACAGGUGGGAGGAGCUGAAGACCAAGGCCAAGGCAAAGCGUGCAGGGAAAGGAUCAGGCACUGAAGCGGGUGACCCGUCGACAUUAUGAGAUUUAUCAUAGCUAGAAUGUACGCUUUCUGUGUAAACCCUGUGUGGCGAGGGCAAUCAAUCGUCUGGCUCCAAGCAUCUGGUGCAACGCUACUCGCCCAUGCUAGCAAUCCUUUGAUCCAUAAGCUUCGCCAUCUCGGCCUCCUG